CCUGCACCGGACGGGUGUAUUAUAGAUGCGCAUCCAAGCAGCCGGGCGGCGGGGGCCACUGGACGGGUGCAAUGUGACGGGGUCGGGAGAGACUGGGACACAGCCUUUAACCGCGUGGGAGGGAGGGUUUAACCAUUAACCACCAUUAACCAUUAAGGCAGCUGUGCAGAGCCGGUACCGUACAUAAGGCGUGCACACCGGCGUCCACGCCUCAGCCUGAGCGCGUUACCAAGAGCUGGAGGAUACAUGCAGCCAGCCACACAGAGUCCCUGUGCUCUCACUGCUCAUCACUCCGGUUUGUCCGCUUCUCCUCUCUGGACCGCUGACACCAAAAGGUGACUGUCCACUCUGGUUGGGAAGUUACUUUUCUGCAACUGGUAAUUCAAUCCUCGGACUGCAGACCUUUAAAUAUCUCCCUUGAAAACCUCCCAGCAGCCACGUGGUGUAAGGUGAGACAUUCCCAGCCCGGUACACUGACCAGUCUGACAUGAUCAGUGGACUGAGAGCGUGACCAGUCUGCGCUGCAAUCUUUCCACUUCAGACCUGUGAUUUCAGCUUUUUACUGAACUUUGAAGGACUGUUUUACAAGUGACUGGAGGGGAUUUCUGUGGUGAGUCCCCGAGCACAUUGUUUUCCUCUCUCAUCUGCGUUGAACCAUUAUGCUUUCUUCUUUUUUUUGUCGGCCUACCGUGAGCACCUUGCAGUGAAUGGAGAACAUACUGGUUCUGCUCCCGAAGCACCGACAGGAACACGGGCUCUGCAGACACACGGCUGCAUGUGCCUUGCUGCAGGUUUUUUCUUACAGAGCAGUUUUCUCCUGGUCUUUAAUAGCGACAUCCACUCCCUGUAAACCUCUUUAAUGGGAUAAAUCAAUUGGACUGAUCAGGUUCAAAACCAGAUCAGGUAACAAAAUCCAUUCUGACUUCCCCAAAACUGUUAGGCCAAGGCAAGCUGACCUUUCUUUGUCAAGCCCACAGUCUAUCAAAGGCUUCCGCAUGGUACUUUGGUUGAACGAACAAGACAAACUCCCCGACAUCGACAUGUCUUCCGGGGCCAUUGAAAUUAAGAAGGAGGGAGGCCCCCUGACGCCAGCCUUCCUCAACUCCAACUGCUCUGUCCUCCCGGUAAUCCUCACCAAAGACCCAGAGGAGGUGAGCCCAGGGACCGGGAAUGAGUUCGAGCUCACAGAAGUCACAGCUUUUGCGGAAAGGACCGGUGAGACUGGGGAGGAUGAGGAGAGGUCGGAGAUUGUGGUGGCGAUGGACUGCCGGGCCAACGCCAAAGGUCAGCGGGAAGAGGACGCUCUCCUGGAGAAUGCAAGCCAGAGCAACGAGAGCGACGACACCAGCACCGACCAGAGCCCCGAACCACCGGUGCCACUCAAGGAGACCUCCUUCUCCAUUGGUUUGCAGGUGGUGUUCCCCUUCCUGCUGGCCGGGUUCGGGACAGUGGCAGCGGGAAUGGUGCUAGACAUCGUCCAGCACUGGACAGUGUUUACGAAGGUGUCGGAGGUGUUCAUCCUGGUUCCAGCGCUGCUUGGGCUCAAAGGCAACCUAGAGAUGACGCUGGCCUCCAGACUUUCCACAGCGGCCAAUAUUGGUCAGAUGGACACAGCCAAGGACAUGUGGAAGAUGAUCAUGGGGAACUUGGCCCUCAUCCAGGUCCAGGCCACAGUGGUGGGGUUCCUGGCCUCCAUAGCUGCUGUGAUCUUCGGCUGGAUCCCAGAGGGACACUUCAGGAUGGGCCAUGCAGUGCUGCUGUGCGCCUCCAGUGUGGCCACCGCCUUCAUAGCCUCUCUGCUGCUAGGGCUCAUCAUGAUCGGUGUGAUCAUCGCAUCCAGGAAGGUCGGCAUCAACCCCGACAACGUGGCAACACCCAUCGCUGCCAGCCUGGGAGACCUGAUCACCCUGUCCCUGCUGGCAGGCAUCUCAACAGGACUGUACAAAGAACUAGAGUUCAAUGACUAUGCCAACCCGCUGGUGUGUGCAGUGUUUGUGGCCCUGUGCCCCCUGUGGGUGCUGAUAGCCAGGAAGAUCCCAUCCACCAGGGAAGUCCUGUACUCCGGCUGGGAGCCGGUCAUCAUCGCAAUGGCGAUCAGCAGUGUUGGUGGUCUGAUCCUCGACAAGACCGUCACCGACCCCAACUUUGCUGGCAUGGCCGUCUUCACCCCGGUCAUCAACGGUGUGGGAGGUAACCUGGUCGCGGUUCAGGCCAGUCGAAUCUCCACCUAUCUUCACAUGAACGGUCUACCCAUGGGGGAUCCCAACCCCACCCCCAGGAAGUGCCCCACACCCUGCACCUCCUUCUUCGGCUCCACUGUGAACUCACGUUCGGCCCGUGUGCUGUUCCUCCUGGUCGCCCCGGGUCACCUCGUCUUCCUCUACACCAUCAACUCCCUGAGGGGGGGGCACACCACCCUAACACCCAUCUUCAUUUCCUUCUACCUGGCCGCUGCUCUACUCCAGGUGAUGAUCCUCCUCUACCUGGCAGACUGGAUGGUCCACUGGAUGUGGGGCCGAGGCAUGGACCCCGACAACUUCUCCAUCCCCUACCUGACCGCGCUGGGUGACCUGCUGGGAACUGGCUUCCUCGCCCUCUGCUUCCACAUGCGCUGGUUCAUCGGGGACAGAGACUCGAACGUGGGCAACUGAAUGCAUGCACAGACACACGCACAAAAAAAAAAAACAAAAAAAAAAAACUACUUCUCAUACUGUACGCUUGCACGCACGGACAGCAACGAACAUGACCCAUUAUCUGAAACUGGAAGAUGUCUACAUUAAAAGGGCUAAUCUCCUGUAGGGCUCUGAUUGAUGAUAUAGUGCACUUAGAGGACUGUAGAGUUUCAUCUUCAGGAUGUCGGGACGCUGAUGCACCCCAGCAUCCAGACACUAUCUGUGUUUCACCUUAUCUCCACCUCAACCACCCAGCAAAACUCCACCUGAUGGAUCCAGCCCCAUAGACUCCAUUACUCCUCCUUUAUUCUACUUAAUAACUCAGUCCUACUACUUUUGUUAUCAUUAUACUAUUGACAAUGAUUAUUGUUGUUGGUAAAUAAUGAAUUUGAUAUAAUUCGAUAUCUGUUCUAUGUGAAGGGUCAGUCCUCAUUAUUUUCAAUGGGGACCUUAGCCCUCCUGUUUUUAAAUAUCAACUUUUAACACUUGAAACCAAGAUGACAAAAAGACAGCAAAAAAAUAUAUCCAAACAAGCCUAGAAUGCUUAAUCACCAAGUGCUAUGUCAUAUAAACAGAAUAUUAUAUGAAAUCUAAUGUGUUUCACUUUUGAUUUAGAAGUGUACAUAAAGCUAGCUGUUCUCUCUGUUUUACUUUGGUCUUGUGACAGAAGGAAACAGGCUUGGGGAGGGUUUACUACAGGAGCCUGGACUGCAAACAUAACAAGCUACAGCGUUCUUGGCUCCCAUCAACAGAUAGCUUAAUUUGAGUAGGAACAGGGGCAGGAAAUCAAGGUUGUAAUUUCCGCGUUUACUCCCUCGCAAUCCACGGCUUGAGAAAUCUGGGAUCAGAUCACAGUCUGAGAAACGCUUAAACGUCAGACACUACAAGAAAAGAUUUACCUCUGAUUCUGUUAGAGGAGAAUCAUCUAAUUAAUACCUGUUUCUGUUAGUGAGGAUUUUAUUUUCUAGUUUUUACCAAUUCUACUAAAUAUUACAGUCGUGAAAUGUCCUGUUACUUUCAUUAAAAAGUGAGCAAACACACAGAAACAGUGGAAAAUAGUAUGUUGAAAAUGGCCAGACAGCUGUGGGUUCGGAAGGAAAACGCAUACACCUCACUCUUUGUUGCAUCUCAUCUAUGUUUUUUUUUUGGUUUUUUUUGUGGAUGCCAAGAGAGGUAUUAUUUUGCGCAAGAUGAGAAUAGCACCAGUCCCCCUGUCUGAAACCAUCUGCCAACUCUCUACUGGAGCAGUUGUUGCAGUUGUGUCGCCCAAGCCGGGCUUACAGUAAGUGACAAGAGGCUCAACAUGCUGCAAAUGGACUGGAGCAAACCUGCAGAGCUUACCCAGCUGAACAGCAUUUGUGUUCACACAUGGGUGCAGGGUGUGGAGUUGCCUUAGCAUGCUCAGGGGAGGAGCUCACCUGGGUUCAGCUAGCACAGUCUGAUUCCGGGGAGAAUGUACUGAGCGCUGGUGUUUUGUGUGGAGGUUUAGGUUUAGCAUUGCAUUUAGACCAUGUUGGACCGCUGAAUCUUUCCCAUGAAAGACGGGCUAAUGACGUUCUUUGAGGUUGGUUAACAGUUAGGUCACAUGAUCAGACAGGAAGUUGUGACGAACCAUUUUAGUUGUUCAGUGUCGGUAUUGGUUUUCAUUUGGUAGCCUUUAGAUUCAGAUUCAUCAAAAGAUCAGCACAGCUCUUAAAGCUGUCUGACGGCCCAGUUUUACAUUUUCAAAAUUUCUAAAUCAGUUCACGCCAAUAGGGUGAAGCAAAACUGCUCAAAUAUUUUGCGUGGAGUUCAACUCAAGUGAACUUAACCAGUAGAAAAAUGUCUUGAGAGUGCUGACUGUUGAGGGACCAGAGGGGAGAGUACAAAAUGGAGGUAGCUAUCGUAGCUUAUUAGCUUUAUUGCACCAUCCACUUUUAUCUGCCCCUCCUCUGCUGGAGUAUAAACUGAUCCACAUAAGAGGAAAGGUCUGUAGACAGUUAUGAAACAGGAGUCGAUGGUAGAAAGACAUCUUUUAAAUAAACUGUGUAAACUUACUUUCCCAUUAAUGACCAAACGUUCUCUAAGCUAACGAGGUUCCUGUCAGUUAGCAAGUCUCGUUAGCUUCCAUCCCCCUCAGAAACUCUGUAAGGAAAUGUUGACAACAAAAUGCUAGGGGGAGUUAAAGACACAGUACAGAGAAAAUAUAAACUGGAAGAGCUGCUCUGACUGACUAACUCAGGCUUAUUUCCAGCUUGCUAAUGUAUUAGCUUGUUUCCAGCUUGCUAAUGUAUAAUUUGCACAGAGCUAUUGCGUAGAGUUCAACUUUGAUGAAUUCUGGCACGUGGAUUCAAACCGUUGACCAUCUUAAUAGUGCUAUUUAUGUAGUAUUCUGAGGCUAGCUAACAUAUUAGUUGUAAAUACACCAAGAAAUGUUAUACUUUCUGCUCUUUAGGUGUAUAAACUGCUGCACAACAGAGCUGCAGUCUGUGGUGAGUUGUUAGACAGAAUUCGAUGGUAAAAAUACUGUGUCCGGACAAAUUAAUUUUGCAUUGGUAGUUUCUGGUGUGACAUCAUAGGUUACUGUAAAAUUCUGGAAUUAGUUUUUUCUCAUUAUACAUAGAAUAAAAGCACACAUGCACACACACACACAUGCACACACACACACACACACACACACAAUCUAUCUUCCACCAGACUCAGCUGAACCAAGCUGACUCUCUCUUUGAGAGCGUAAGGUGAGGAGGAGAAUGAAAAAGGAAGUCGUGAGCCAUCUUGACAGACGUUGACCCAGAGGCGAAGCCAGGUGUCUUAUAGGAGAAACCUGCACGUGAUGCUUGACUUAUCCGGCGCUUGUCAGACUUCUGUGCUGUUUCGAAGGGGCCAGCAGAAUGCAUGUGCAGGGCACAUAGUGUGAAUGUGCAAAAAACUUGAUUGUUGUAUCUGUCAAAAUGAUUUUUCUUUUUUUUUUUUUGGUCUGACUGAUUUUUUUUUUUUAUUGUAUCGAUUCUGUUAAAAUUGUGAUUUUUAUCCCUUUCCUCCUUUCCUUAAUCUUUUUAACUCUUGAUGAUUAUUGUUUUGUGUCAUGAAUUUCAUCAAGCAAACAACCACUGUAAAGAUGAAACAACUUCUGUGACGCUGGUCAAAUGCACAAGUACUGUAAUCUGCAAAAUGGACAGCAGAGGGCACCACAGGGAUUCUCUUAACUGUACAACUUCUCUGUGUAUCUCUGUGUCCCCUGGAUUCAAACCCACACAUAUCCACUCUAAGUGACAUUCAUCUUGUCUUCUUUUCUACAGCGUUUACUGUGUUGUAGAAGUUACAUCCUUCCAUCUGUAUCCUCCACUCUCUCUUACUGACCAGGUGCCAGCGUUCUGCCUCUAUGUCAAUGGAAAGUUGUGAAUACUUCUAUAAGGGGGCAAGUGAGUUUGUCUAUUUAUUUUUAGAAGCACACAAAGCAAAUUGUACAUACUAUAUUUAUUCUAUAUAUAAGGUUGUUUAUUUUAUCAUUUCAUUUUGGCUCAGUUUCUUUAUCACCAUGUUCCUGUCAUUUUUCUCUUCUCUUUAAUGUGUUUUUUUUUUCUUUGCAAAAAGCCAGUAGAGCUUUUUGUUGCUUGCCGCUAUAGAACGGCGGCGAGGCUAAUGAAUAGCACAGUGCCUAAUACCAGUCUUUAUACACCUCACACAUAUGCACACACACCCUGUCUCGCACAGGGAAAGCAUACUUAUAAGACAUAGAAAAAGGCCUUAACCUAUCAGAGCCAAGCUCGACUCAGAGUAACCAAUCAGGAGCUAGGUUUUGCCACAGAGUAGCGUCUCUUUAAUUAUCUUUGAUUAAUAAAAGAUGUACAGUGAGUUGAUUAUGAUGUGUAAUGUAAUAAUGACUUUAUAUGAUGUAGCGGUGGAGAGGAGGGCUGGUCACAUCAGUUACAAGCUUUUGUUCAUGUGAAUCUGCAAAAAUGAGGACGAGGGGGAGUGCAAAAACCAGCAGGUUGGAUUUUACAGGGCACCUGAAAGGUCUGGAAUCAAAUUGAGCACCAGUUGAAGUGAGAUAUCAACCCACAAGCACAACAGAAAACAAGUGCAAAAUGACAAGAUAUAGUCGCACCUUCUUAUGAUUCCAGAUGUUUCCCCUAGUAUAUAACAUACCCAGCCUUUAAAACCCUUCACCCACCUACUGCCUUGUUAACCUCAGUGCUUCGAACCCUUGAACCCCUGAACUCACAGGGAACCACGCUGACCCUCAGGCUGCCAACAUCCACGUCAAGAUCGAGGCUUCGAUUCAGACUCUAAAUAUCCAACUGUCCCAAUCAGUUAUGUUGCCUAUAAGGAGAAACUGAUGUAAAAACAUGUACAGUCUUACUGGGGCUGAGGUCUCCUGAGUUCUCUGUGUGUUCUUCUUGUAAAAGCCCUCCCUCUGUGAGGCUGGAGGAAGGCUUUCUCCCUGCAGGACUUUGUAAAUUGCUGGAAAUAAAGGACUAUAUUAUUUCAUACCAUU